AUGGCUUGGAGAAACCAAGGGAUCACUGGAUCCAACAACAUCCCUCUGGGAAAGGCGCGUCGCUUUGGCGGCGAUUCGGACGGAUCCGACAAGGGCGCAUUCUCCCCGCCGCCUGCUCCUUCGUCAAAUAAUAGAUUUUCAAAUGGAGGAGACCGCGACAUGAAGCGUGGUCGCAGUCCCGAGAGAACCGAACACGAUGGUCCCAAGCCGCGCAAGAAGCGAAACCGUUGGGGCGAUGCGACCGAGAACAAGGCCGCUGGCCUGAUGGGUCUUCCCACCGCGAUUGUUGCCAACAUGACGAACGAGCAGCUAGAGGCGUACACUCUACAUCUGCGAAUUGAAGAGAUAACGCAAAAGCUGAAAAUUGAUGAUGUUGUCCCUGCUGACGGAGAUAGAUCGCCCUCUCCUGCCCCCCAGUACGACAAUCACGGACGUCGUGUUAACACGCGUGAAUACCGGUAUCGCAAGCGACUCGAAGACGAGCGUCACAAGCUAAUCGAAAAGGCCAUGAAGACGAUCCCCAACUAUCAUCCGCCCCAGGACUACCGGCGUCCAACAAAGACGCAAGAGAAAGUCUAUGUGCCAGUCAACGACUAUCCAGAGAUUAACUUCAUUGGAUUACUUAUCGGGCCUCGUGGUAACACCCUCAAAAAGAUGGAGUCCGAAUCCGGCGCCAAGAUUGCCAUUCGUGGAAAAGGCUCCGUCAAGGAGGGCAAAGGCCGCUCCGAUGCCGCCCACUCGAGCAACCAAGAAGAAGAAUUGCACUGCUUAAUCAUGGCAGACACCGAGGACAAGGUCAACAAGGCGAAGAAGUUGAUCCAUAACGUUAUUGAAACGGCCGCGUCAAUCCCAGAAGGUCAGAAUGAACUCAAGCGCAACCAACUCCGCGAGCUCGCGGCCCUGAACGGUACUUUGCGCGAUGAUGAGAACCAGGCAUGCCAGAACUGUGGUCAGAUAGGUCAUCGCAAGUAUGACUGCCCCGAGAAGCAGAAUUUCACGGCGAACAUUAUUUGCCGCGUCUGCGGUAACGCAGGGCACAUGGCUCGGGACUGUCCAGACAGAAAGGCAGGCGGCAACUGGCGCAACGACGGCCCCGCUGCUGGCCGUUCCGCUGGACGCAUUGGCGCCGGAAACGGAGGCGGUGAUGCCGUCGACCGCGAGUACGAGCAACUUAUGCAAGAGCUCGGAGGCACCGGUGCUGCCCCUGCUCGCAUCGAAGCGGGUCCAGGAUCUUUCGAGGGUAACGGUAAUGGCGGUGGCCAAAGCGAUGCUCGACCUUGGGCACGCGGUCCUGCCACUGGACCUACCGGCGGCGCUGCUCCUUGGCGUAGCCGGAACAAUGAUCGGGACAAUGACGGUCCUCCAGCUGGUCCGUCCGGUGGACCCGCGCCGUGGGCUAAAGACCGCGAGCGCGACCGUGGUCCUCGCGGAGGUGAUAGCCGCGAUGGCGGUGAUACUUACUAUGGUAGCGGUGGCGGAGGCGGUCACGGUGGCCACAGCAACUAUGGUGGAGGUUCUUCGGCACCAGGGACGGCUCCUUGGCAUCAUGCCCCCCCCCCUCCUCCAGGAGCCCAACCAGCUUAUGGUAGUGGAUUUGCAACUUACGGAAGCUAUGGCGCUCCUCCAGGAAUGGGCGGACCACCGCCUGGAUUGCCUCCCCCUCCCCCUCCGGGCCAAGCCCCCCCGGGCCUUCCCGGCGGACUAAAUGCGUUGAUCCAACAGUACGCCAACGCUAUUCCGCCGCCACCACCUCCCGGAGAUUUGCCCCCACCGCCACCCCCGAUGGACUUGCCCCCUCCCCCGCCUCCCGGCCUCUAG